AUGCGGCCUCCAAUGAGGUCCAGCAUAGCGUGUCUUCGGUGCAGGAAGUCCAAGAUCAAAUGCGACAACGACAAUACAGGAUCGCCCUGUGACACGUGCAUCAAGGCAGGCCACAAGUGCGAGUUUCCGGAUCCCACACCUCUACCAGCUAAGCGAACAGAGCCUCCUACUGUACCGAAACAGGACAAGGACGCCGGCCAUGAUCGAAAACGGGCGAAGAAACUCGAAGAGGCCACUAAUUCUGAAGGACGUACGGGCACCGUUUAUGCCCAGGAAGUACUCUCCGCGCCAUACUUGACCGUGGAUAUGUGGCAUCAAUUGUUGGACAUUUACAAGCUGCACUUUGUCACCGAACUUCCUUUUCUACACCUCCCGACGUUGAAGGGUAUCAUCCACAGCAAGGACACCAGCAAGCCGUCGGCCGAGUCGAAUCUCGUCCUGCUAGGCAUCUUGGCUCUCACAGCAAGGUUCCAGCCCGGACUGGUCAAAUAUGUUGCUCACAUAUCAUAUGACAAAGUAGCAGGCCCCAAGUCCCGCGGUGCAUUGCCCAGGCCGGAGCCCUCCAUGGCAUCGGAAUACUUUGCGAACGCUCUAACCAAAGCAUUAGGCAGUCUGGAGUCGGCUUUGACCUCGGCCACUGUUGUUCGAGUCCAGGCCUUUCUUAUGCUCGGCUUGUAUAAAUGGAGCCAACCCAACGGCGGGCUGGCUGCAUGGAUGUAUGUCGGCGUGGCCGUCAGGAUGGCUCAGGGCCUGAAACUAGGCUUUGGUGACAUACCAUUGCGUGGAAAGAAGAUUUUGGGUCCCCAUCCACGGCCAAACCAGUCGACCGCACACCUUCCGUCGGAGAAGUGGAAGGAUCAGGAAAUCAGGCGACGCACCAUGUUCAGCUGCCUCAUACUUGAUCGGCUCUUGUCGUGUGGAUCCGACCGAGUCUCAAUGGUACGAUCCGAGGAUCUCCAGAUCCAGCUGCCUUGCAACGAACACGCCUUUGAUCUCGGCCGCGUCGUUUACACCGGAUUUCUCCAGCAAGUGGGAAGAGAGAUGGAGAGACACAUUGAUGACAGUGUCCUCAGCCGUUUUGUACAACUGGUCGAAUUUUGGGGAGACAUUACAAAGUACAGCUUUGCGGGAGGCCGCCAUACGGAAACGCUUCCCCCUUGGGACACCAAGUCGAGCUUUUACCAGCUGAACAACAAGGUGGUGGCAUUCUUUGCGCACCUACCGGAAGAAUUUACCUGGUCCAGUGCCAACUUCUGGAAGCACGACAACAGCAUGUACGUGUCCCUUCACAUGCUGGGGGCCCUCUGCAAGAUUAUACUGCACCGUGAAUACAUACCCUUCCUCGCUAUCAAAUGCCAAAAGCCAACGGGCCCUCUGGAAGAACCCGUUUUCGAUCCCUCCACUGUCCCGGAGCAUUUCUGGGAGCGGAGUGCAAAACAAGUCUUCCAGGCAGCGAAGGAGAUCAUCGACCUGAUUUUGACAUGUCGGGACAAGCUUCCCCACUCGCCACUCGUCAUCUUUGCUAUUUGGCAAGCUGCGAUUGUCGGCAUCUACGCUCGACACUACCCGCACAUGGAUACCGAGAAUCAUAUGGUCAGCGAAGAGGAAGUCCAAGAACGGGCUUCCGGAAUGGUGCCUGAGAUGACACAGACGGGAAACACUGGCGUCGCCUUCCAAGCAUUGACCAAAGUCGCCCCUCACUUCAACAUGGCCUCUAAUUACGUGACGUAUUUCAAAGACAUUGACUGGUAUUAUACCAAAGUUUUUUCCGACUAUACAAACCGAGAGUCGAGGAAAAGCAGCGACGGACGUUUGAGUAUCCGGCUGAGUGGGGGCGGCGGCGGCGGGCUCGAAGACUGGCGAGUAAAAAUAGACAAGAUGACGAGCAAUGGCACAAUAUUGGACGAAGACCGACCGACAGGCUAUGAAGGAUCCGACGGAUCGCGCGCCAGUACGUUGGAAAGGAGCUCCUCUUUGGGCCCCGAAUAUUCACACUUUGGCGCCGGCGGUCUUGAUGGCAGGAGAGAUUCUCGACAAGCGUUGUCAUUCACCGCCAUCAAUACCAGUCCGUUUAAUCAGCAAGCCGACCCAGGAGGCUUUGUCAGUGGUAUGCCCCAUCACUCGCCAACACAGAGGUGCCUCCCGACCCCUGAACCCAUGGCUAACAGCUUCGCGAUCGCGGGCGCCCACACAGAAACCGCCAACAUCGAAUCGUACGUUGAACAGAACCAGGGCCAAAGAUUCGGCACCAUGCUCGAGGACAUUCAGGAGUUUAGCACCGGGGGGAUGGUUUGUGUGCCCCGCAUCGGAGACUGGGAUAGGCUCAGGCCGCCAUUCUACACGCAGAUGGCCGACGGCAGCAGCCAGCAGCCAGCAGCCGCAAUUUGGUAG